AGACAUAAUGGAUAGAAACAAUUAUUUAAAACAAGCAUGCAUGGAAACAUCUGGAUAGUAUAAAGUUUAAUUUUGGAAUGUUUCACUUGGAAUGAAGUUAAAUGAAGCACAUUUGCAAUACUUGGCUUUACAAUCAAAGUUAUUUUCCUUUAAAUCUGGUAAUUUAUUUAAAAAAAGUGGUAGGAAAAAAACACCAGCUGAUAAUGUAUCUGUUCGGUGGCAAAAAAGGUGGUGUGCUGUUUAUUGUAAUAUGCUGUUUUAUUUUGAAAGCGAUACAUCUCCUAAACCACAGGGAGUUGUAUUCUUAGAAGACGUUUGUGUUAAUCCAGUUAAUAUUUCAGAGAAAGGUUAUUAUUGUUUUACUCUUGGAAUUUCGGGUAGUGAUCAUCGUCAAUUUUUGUUUGGUUGUGAAGAAGAAGUAGAGUCAGAUGAAUGGAUUUCAGCCAUAAAAGAAUCUAGGUAUAAACAUGUCAUUCAGCACAAUAAGAACCAAGAAGCAAUGGUGCAAGAGACAUUAGCAAAGCUUCAUUGUGUAGAAGAUGAAAAAGAAAGAUAUAAAAAGGAAAUUUCAGAUUAUUGGGCUGAAAUCAACAGACUCAAGAUGGAGUUGUGUACCUUGAGAAAGAACUCAAAAAGUUCUAUGGGAGAACGAUUAGUUCAAGAACCAUUUUAUCAUGAAACAGAGUUAUUAAAACACCAAUACUCUUUGAAUGAUAUUAAAAAGAUAGAAAAGUUGCAAAGUUUUGUGAGAUCAUGGCUGGUUCAUAAAAGAUGGAAAAUUCUGGUCAAGUCCUUUGUUGAUACAUUCACAAUUACCAACUUCCAAGAGCGGAAUAAGUUGUUAUGGCAACUAAUAACAUCUGAAGAAGGUUAUGCUCAACAAAUGAAUACCUUAGUUAAUGUGUUCCUAAAACCAAUGAAAAAUUUAUCCUACUCUUCCAGUCAAACACUUUCAAAUGAAGAACAUGCAAAGAUAUUUUCUAAAAGUCACUCAAUUUUGGUGAUGCAUCAAAUAAUGAUGGCGCGCAUUGAUUGUAUUACAAAACAUUGGCCUGCUAUUCAAAUAGAUGAGAUAUUAGCAGAUAUUAUGAGUUCAAUACCUAUAUAUGUUGAUUACAUAAAAAACCAUCCACUCUCAUUAAGAACUUUGGCAGAAUGUAAGAAACGAACAGACUUUUUAAAAAUGUUGCAUUGGUUUGAAACUAAACCAGAAUGUAAUAAUCAAACUUUAGAGCAGUUACUAAAUUAUCCUGUUACAGUGAUACCAAAUUACAUUCGUAGUGUUCAUUCUUUAUUAAAUGUUACUCCUCAAAAUCAUUCAGAACGAAACAGUUUAGAGCAACUCCUUUUAAAACUACAGGAAGCCCAGGUUUAUAAUCAUUUUCUUGAUGAAGGGGAGAAUAUCAGGCAAACAUUAGAAAUUGAACGCUUAAUUGUGGGUGGAUGUCAUGUACUUCUUAAUGCAAAUCAAAAAUUUAUAAGACACGGUGUUCUAAAACAAAUUGGAACAGAAGAAAAUGGGUUGAAAAAAGAAAAAUUGCGUCACUGUUUUUUAUUUAGUCACCAUCUUAUAAUAGCUUCAAGAACUCACGAUGGCCACCUGCGUCUUUCAAAUGUUAUUGGUACUAUUCCUAUAUCGUGUACCUCCUUGGUUGAAGAUAUUGAAAAUACUUCAUAUCCAGAUACUGUUAAAUAUUCAUCAUUUACACUUCAAGUAAAUGGUGAAUCAGAAUCAUUUUCUAUUACUUUAAUGGCUAACAAGUCCAGUGAUAAAGCCUUGUGGACUUCUGAUAUUACCCAGUGCAUUUAUAACUUGGCUCUUGAGGAGUCUAUAAACUCAGUUACAUUACCAACAAAUAAAGAAACUCUGGACCAGUAUGAAACACUUGAAGAAAAUGUACAGAAAAGAAUGUUGGGUCUUUUAACUAUUAAAGAAGAUAUAAAGUUAAGAGUAGACAGUGAAGAUAUUAAGUAUGGUGAUGAACUAACCGGUCCAUAUCACUUACCCCAGAUAUUGUAUGCAAGUGUUGAUAGAUUAAUUGAGCGUCUUUAUGAUCCUCGCUUACCUGGUGGAGAGUUUAUGGAAACUUUCUUGCUAACAUAUAGAGCUUUUACUAAAGCUCAUUAUGUUAUAAACAAACUAAUAGAUGCGUAUUGGAUGGUAGUUGGAGGAAAGGCCUCACCUAAAGAAUCUAUACGAAAAAUUAGUGAAGAAAGCACUAUUACAACAACUCGAACUCGUGGAAUUAGUAUAUUGAGUUCAUCCAGUUAUUCAUCUUUUGACGAUGAUGCAGCAUUUCAUGCUAAUGCUUCAACAUCUACUACUGUAUUCAAUUAUACCACUGUAAAAGAGCAGUUAAACUUGCCUUUACGAAAAUCUGCUGAUACUUCACAAUGGUGUCAAGAUCAAUCACCACAAGAUGGUGAUUUAGCAUCACAUGGUCGACGCUGUUCAUCACUUUGUGUUUCUCCAGUUGAAACAAUGCUUAAAGAUACUGAAAAAAUUUAUAGGCGACAUAGUAUGGAGUUCAACUCGGCAAGUGAUGAAAGCAAUGAAAAAGACUUCAUCUAUUCCUAUAACUCUCAGAAAAAAAAUGGUUUUUGUAAGCAGGAAGAUUUCUCUUGUAGUGAAAAUUCAUCUUAUCAAUCAAACAGUCAUGAGAAUUUUUUUAUGCAUUUUGGAAUCGAUCAAAAUGAUGAUACAGAAAAUACUAUCAAUGAUUUUCAAUUAUCAGAAAACAAUAAUAAUAUAUUAUCAACUAAAAAAGUUGAACAACCCUUGAAUAAUAAUGAUAAAUUAUUAACUAAAAAAGUUGAACAACCCUUGAAAAGUAUUGAAUGCUACCACAAUAAAAAGAAUGUAGAAAAUAAUUUUGUAAAAAACAAAGAAAUUAAUUUUGUUUCUGAAAUUCCCAUUUACUCUUCAAGUUUAAACUCAGAAAAUGAGUUUAGUAAUAAAUCUAAUUUUCCUUCUGUGGUUUGCGAUGAGGUGCAGUAUGAUGUAUGUGAUAGUCAACAAUCUUUAACAACCAAUAAAUGUGUUACAGACUUUAAAAAUAAUAGAAAUCUGUUAGUUUCAGAAAAAGAUCAGUUGAUUUCUGGAUGUUUAAAUUGUAUGCAGAAAAAAUCUGAAUCAAACUUAGAUACAAUAAAAGUUACUCACAGCAAAAGUGAUGAGACAAUUAGUGCUAGCCAGAACAAAAAUGAGCUUCCCAAAUCCAGUCGUUCAUUAGAUCAACAAAAGGUUUCUACAUCACCUAGUUUUUGGCCCAAGAAGAAAGCAAAGAGUCUUACUCAAGAAAAUAGCAUCCCUUUUGACACAAAAUCAGAUAAAAACAAAUCUUCUUUGAGCAAACAAUUAGAUUCUCGUGAUUGCCACUCUAUUUCUGACUUGAAUGCUGACGAGAUAACACAAAAGUUUGAAGAAACUGAUCCUGAUUUAUCAAAACAAAGAGAUUCCACAGAUUCUAGCUUCAAACCAAAAAGAUCACUUUUUAACAUGGCCUUUUCUUUCCGUAAAUCAGGUUUAAAACGAUCUACUUCUGAACAAGUUUUGAAUGUGAGCAAAACUAUCAAAGCAAAAACAUCGUUUGAUAAUAACUCUUUGUUAUCUGGUAGUAUGGCUAAAAUUUCAGAAGAUAGCAAAAUUACAGAAGAUUUACAGUUUGAAUCUCCUUUAAGGAAUGAUAAAACAUUUGAUGGAAUUAAAAAACGCAUGAAAGCAUCAAUUCGUUUAACUUCUAAGAAAGAUCAAUCUCCAAAUAGAAAUCGCAAAGUUUCUUUGUUUGAUCAAAGUAUUAUUAAUGUUAACAGAAAUCUGUUAAAAAUAAUGAGUAUAUUUAAGCAUUGGUUGGCCAAGCAUCCAAAGGAUUUUAUUGAAGAUUAUGAUCUUUGUGGACAGCUGUUGGGUUUUUUUGAGGAUAUCAAAAGUGAUUAUAGAACACUUCCAGUUAUUCUUGAAAUUGUAUCUAAUCUUGAAAAAUGUAUAAAUGCACAACGUAGAUCAUUAUCGUCAGUUCAUCAUUUGGACAUUUUGCUUCUUCAAAAUGCUGGCUCAAUGUCAAAAGAUGAUUCUUUGAAAUCUUUAGAUGCUUUUAACUAUGACCUAGUUGCUGAAAAUAUAACAUUGCUUGAACACUAUUUAUAUUCUAAAAUAUCAUUCAGUGAGUUUAUCAGCUGCCAGUGGACAAAAAAAGAUAAAGAAAAAAAAGCACCUGGUAUUAUGAAAUUUAUUGCAAGGUUCAACCAGAUAACCAAUAUGAUAAGUUACACGGUUGUGCAUGGUGAAUCUCCACAAAUUAGAGCAAACAAAAUGGAAUUUUGGAUUCGUGUGGCUUCUCAUUGCAGAGAUUUAAAUAAUUUUAAUGGAAUUAUGGAGAUCAUCAGUGCUUUAAAUGCAAGUUCUAUUCACCGGCUUAAAAAAUCUUGGGAGCUUUUACCAAAGCCUGUGAAAGAUAUAUUUAUUGAACUAGAAAAAUUGGUCAGUGCUGAUCGGUCAUUUAAACAGCUUAGAGAAGCUGUUCAUUUGUGCAAUCCACCUUGUGUUCCAUAUCUGGGGUGUUAUUUGUCAGAUCUUUUAUUUGCUCAAGAAGGAGGGCCUACUUUUGAUGAUAAUAAUCUUGUUAAUUUUGCUAAAAUGAGCCGUGUGUCACGUUUAGUGCGUGAAGUUAAAUGUUAUCAACAACUUCCAUAUACAUUUCAAAUAAAUGAUGAGGUGAUGUGUUCUUUGAUUAAUUUUGGUAUCUCAGUUGACCAAGAUGAGUUAUACAACCAUUCACUUCUUGUUGAACCUCGUGGAGUCACGUAAUGAAGCAUAAUUAAUUGAAAACGAUUAAAAACCUGUGCAAACGAUUAUGAUAAAAAUGUGCUGACAACACAAUUUGUAAAUGGAACGUUUUUAUACUUUCGUAUAUUUUUUGAAUACAGCUCAAUAGCUUUAAAUAGUAAAA